AUGGCCAUAAAAAGAAAUCCAAUUCCACCAAAAAUUUAAUUACCAAAAGGCCAUGUCCGCAUGAUCGCAGCAACUCGCACAGCCAAAAUCUCUCAAGUUCCCAUCUUCCCCUCCUCGCUCCGUCGACGGACUCCGCUCGGAGGCAACGAGUUGACCGAACAUGGGUGGUGUUCUGUGCUGCAUUCAAGUCGACCAAUCAACUGUAGCUGUUAAGGAGAGAUUCGGGAAGUUCGAUGAAGUGCUUCAACCUGGGUGCCACUGCCUUCCUUGGUUUCUCGGGAGCCAGUUAGCGGGACAUCUCAGUCUCCGGGUGCAGCAGUUGGAUGUGAAGUGCGAAACCAAGACCAGGGACAACGUUUUUGUGAAUGUCGUCGCAUCUAUCCAAUACCGUGCACUAGCAGAUAAGGCAAGCGAUGCAUUUUACAAACUCAGCAACACUAAGGGUCAAAUCCAGGCUUAUGUCUUUGAUGUGAUUAGAGCUAGUGUACCAAGGCUCAAUUUGGAUGAUGCUUUUGAGCAGAAGAAUGAAAUUGCCAAAGCAGUGGAAGAUGAACUUGAGAAGGCUAUGUCUGCCUAUGGUUAUGAGAUAGUGCAGACUCUGAUUGUCGAUAUCGAACCUGACGAGCGUGUGAAGCGAGCCAUGAAUGAAAUCAACGCCGCUGCAAGACUCAGGGUGGCAGCGAAUGAGAAGGCCGAAGCUGAGAAGAUACUGCAGAUCAAGAGAGCUGAAGGUGAGGCAGAAUCAAAGUAUCUUGCAGGGCUCGGAAUCGCCCGCCAGCGUCAGGCGAUAGUGGAUGGCCUGAGGGACAGCGUGCUUGGCUUCUCGGAGAACGUGCCGGGGACCACAGCGAAGGAUAUCAUGGACAUGGUCCUUGUAACUCAAUACUUUGAUACCAUGAAGGAGAUCGGUGCUGCCUCCAAGUCCUCCACCGUGUUCAUCCCGCACGGGCCUGGCGCCGUUCGUGACGUUGCCAGUCAGAUUCGUGAAGGGCUUCUCCAGGCCUCCUCUGCAGCCAAUUGAGAGACAAUCGGGACUGUUAUAAACUAUUGAUGGAAAGUGCAAAGGAUCUUUCAUUAUGGGCUUUUGUGUAGGUUUAUAUUGUGAAUGUUAUUCAGUUACAACACUUUGUGAAGUUUUUUUCCUUCUCUUGGAAGUCGGGACGACUAUGUUCCGUAACUUCCAGGAUACAUGGUAAAGGCGAGUUGCGAAUCGUUCAUUUUGAUUGUACACAUCAUAUACCUAAUGCAACUGUAAUUUCCUUUUAGUAAUAUUGUUUCUCGUAUACGA